GGGUUUCGUUGUACGUAGUAGUUCGGGUAUCGAUGGAUGUUUAGUAACGGUUUUUGUUGGAUUCGACGGUUAUUUUGAUUUGGAGUGCUCAGUUAGAGUGCAAAAUUCCAAGCAAAAAUUUCACUCGUAACCAAGAAAAGCAAAAAAAAGAAAACACAAAGUGGAAGCAAUGAAAAAAUGUUUGGCCUGAAAAUGUGUGAUACAACAAAAACAACAACAUCAUUAGCAUGCUACCGAAAUAGCAAUAGUGAAAACAAUCAACAAAACAACAACUACAGCAGCAGCAGCAGCAGCAGCACAAUUUGCAUAAAGUACAGUGUAUUGAAGCGUGCGCCAGUGCAGUUGCAUAAGACGAACAUCAACAACAACAACAACAACAACAACAAAAGCAAGCUAGUUACUAAAAUCAACAGAAAAAGUUACAGCAGAUACAACAAAGUCAACAAAAGCAGCAAUUAUAAUAAAAAUUGCAAAUAUCAGUACAAUAUUGUUGCUAAAAUAGCUAACAAUAAUAAUAAUAAUAAAAUAAACUACUGGCGCAUAAAUUGCGGCAGUAAGGUAAACAGCAGCAGCAGCAGCAACAGCAGCAACAGCAGCAAUUGUUUGCUUUAUUGCUGGCCUUCAUAAGCGGCAAUUUAGCAUGUGUACAACCAUUUGCGGGUAUAUAUAGUAUUUGCAAGCAGCAACAACAACAUGCGAAAAGGCUAAUGCAAUAAGACAGCAACAAUGAAAAAUUAUAAAUACAUUUUGGUAUAAUGAAUUGAGCGCAACGUAGUGAUUUGGAGCAAAAAGCAGCGGUGCAAAAAAAUAAAAAC